UAGAUAUUUGCAACAUAAUUAAUGUCAUCAAAACCUACAGAAAAUGUGGAAAUACAGACAAGGUCGGGGAUUAUUUAUUAUAUUUGAAAAGAAACAAUGCUGGAAAAGACAACGCACUUGACGACGCUAUAGAUGCGCACAAAGAGUUCAUGGAUUUAUUUAGGAUGUAUAAAAACUUCUACGAAAAACAUCAGAAAUCUUAUUUUAAAAUCGACCAGGAUAAAGAGGAAAUAAAGUCAUCAAAGGAUUCUCCAAAUCUUGUAAGCAGAUUACGGGAAGAAAAAGAAGAUCUUGCAUUUAAAAAUGAAUCUUUGCGGAAGCAGAAUGAAGAACUUAAAACUAGAUUAAGUACGUUGGCUGGACAUAAAAUGCAAGAUGGUAACCCAAAUAUUACUGAUUUAAGUGAUCCAUUUCGACCAACAAAACUGGCGGAAAAGUUUAGAGAAGUAUAUGACGAGGAAUGGACUCGCUCAUUUGAAGAGUUGGACGUGUUUUUAAAGGAUGAGAUGAAAGUUAUUGCUACUUUAAGUUACCUCAUGUCGCAAGUUGAGAUAUUUUUGCACUCGGUUCAGCGAAGAACAGAUCAAGGAAAUAACACGUUCUUGUACAGAUGAAAUAGUAAAUCCAAAAUUUGUCACUGAUAAAAAUCAAACGUUUCGAUGCAAAACCCCUUCAGAAGUGUCCAAUGGGCAGAAGGAAACAGCCAAGAAAAUAAUUCAUGACCUAAGAAAGUCGGUGGGAGUACUUUCGGUCCGGCCAUUGGUUCAGAUAUUUGAUAGCUGGUUUAUGUGUGACUUUAGAAAGAGAAAGAGGUUACCACCAUCUUCAAGGGAAACUGACGCUUUUGUAGCUAAAACAUUUGAAAUAGUAUGGCUGAUGAAAAUUCAAAAUCCUCAAAUGGAAACACAAUGGCAAUCAGAAGAUGAAAAGUGUGACAAAGAUAAAUUUACUUUCUACACAAAAAGGGGUGAUAUUGUCAGUCAAACAGUAUGGCCUGCUGUGUUACUGCAUAAGAAUGGCCCUUUGAUGUCAAAAGGGAUUUUGCAAGCAAAAUAAUUGCAAGUUUGACAAUGGUGAGCGUAAAUUUCAUACGCAUUUUAUAAGAAAAUGAUUAUAAAUGAGCGACAAUAACAAUAACUUUAUAUCAAUAGUUUCUUGAUAGAUUCCAUUAUGGGUUUGUCAUUUAGAAAUGUGUGUUGAUUAAAUUGCAUGUAUUAAUUACCAAUAAAACUAAAUAGACGAAAAUGCAAUUGAGUAAAGAGCAAAUGCUUUCUUUGUACAACGCAAUUGAAGUUGUUACGUGCACUACAUUUAUUACACGUACAAACAGGAACUCAAUAUUCACGUGGAAAAUCCAUUAAUACUUAUACUUCAUAGGAGCGUAGUAAAUGUUAUUUUUCUGUCUUAUACAAAAUGUAUGUGUGUAACUAUGUAAAACAUUUGAAAAAUAGCACUAACGUAAUGACAGGAAUGUGAAACAAAACUUGCAUACAGAUCAUGCUCAUUUUCUUAGUAGAGGGGAUAAUUGUUUCAUAAAACUUUGAAAAAAGACAAUAUUGAAGAGGUGUUAUUUCCAUACUGAAUUUAUUGAAUGCGUUGAAUGAAAUUGCAUUAUGCGAGCAUAUGUUGAGCAAAAUAUUAUUUAAUUUAACAAGUUCAAUAAAUUUUGUAAUAAAGAUACACAAAUAUAAAGAUAUUCAAAAUAAGAACAGAUAACAGUAACAAAAUCAGUAUUUGACCCAUUUAUACUGUAAUAUUAACAAUUAGUGUAUUUUUUAAAAUUAAAAUGAACGCAUAUAAUGGAAAAAUAUAGAAGUACACGUG